AGAGGUUGCUUGUUAGUUUUGAUUUCUAAUCAUUGGUUUCUGAAGAAAAUUUGGGAAGUUCUAGCACAUUGAAGGAGUAAAGUAAAAGCCCAGAUUGCCAGUGAGAGAGAAAACAAGAGAAACCAGCACAGCUAAAGUCAGAAGCAAAGGGAAGAGGAUAAGCACUUCUAACUUUGUCUGCGAAGCUGCUGUCUGCUCGACUCUGAAGGAUCUCUGCUUUCGAAUUCUCAGGAGGAAUGCUCACACCUAGUGUGAUAUCUUCGCAUCUAAGUACUAUUAUGCAAAGAAAGGAACCAUGGCUUCUGGGAGAAAUGGUUGAUUCUAGAGCUGAACCAGGACAAAUACAAGAUGGACCUGGAAUACUUUGUGGUACCAGAAAAUAAGGUGACACCCUGGCCAUGGCCUCAGAGAUCCACAUGCCAGGCCCAGUGUGCCUCAUUGAGAACACUAACGGGGGGCUGGUGGUUAAUCAGGAGGCUCUGAAGAUCCUGUCUGCCAUUACGCAGCCUGUGGUGGUGGUGGCUAUCGUGGGCCUCUACCGCACAGGCAAAUCCUUCCUGAUGAACAAGCUGGCCGGGAAGAGAAAGGGCUUCUCUCUGGGCUCCACGGUGCAGUCUCACACGAAGGGGAUCUGGAUGUGGUGUGUGCCUCAUCCCCAAAAGCCAAACCACACUCUAGUUCUGCUGGACACCGAGGGGCUCGGGGAUGUAGAGAAGGGAGACAACCAGAAUGACUCCUGGAUCUUUGCCCUGGCAGUCCUCCUGAGCAGCACCUUUGUGUACAACAGCAUGGGAACCAUCAACCAGCAGGCCAUGGACCAACUGCACUACGUGACAGAGCUGACAGAGCGAAUCAGGGCAAAAUCCUCACCAGGUAACAGUGAGCUUGAAGACUCAGCUGACUUCGUGAGCUUCUUUCCAACCUUUGUGUGGACUCUGAGAGAUUUCUCCCUGGAGCUAGAAGCCAAUGGAGAACCCAUCACUGCUGACGAGUACCUGGAGCUGUCACUGAAGCUAAAGAAAGGUACUGAUGAAAAAAGCAAAAGCUUUAAUGAACCUCGGUUGUGCAUCCGCAAGUUCUUCCCAAAGAAGAAGUGCUUCAUCUUUGACCGUCCCGCUCCCAGGAAGUACCUUGUCCAACUGGAGAAGCUACAGGAGGAAGAUCUGGACCCUGAAUUCAGAGAACAAGUUGCAGGCUUCUGCUCCUACAUCUUCAGCCAUUCCAAAGCCAAGACUCUCUCAGGCGGCAUCAUAGUCAAUGGGCCUCGUCUGGAGAGCCUGGUGCUGACCUAUGUCAAUGCCAUCAGCAGUGGGGAUCUUCCCUGCAUGGAGAAUGCAGUCCUGGCCUUGGCCCAGAUAGAGAACUCAGCCGCAGUACAAAAGGCAGUGGCCCACUAUGAUCAGCAGAUGGGCCAGAGGGUGAAGCUGCCCACGGAAACCCUCCAGGAGCUUCUGGACCUGCACAGGGCCAACGAGAAAGAGGCCAUUGAAGUCUUCAUGAAAAAUUCUUUCAAGGAUGUGGAACAAAAGUUCCAGAAGGAAUUAGGGGCCCAGUUAGAAGCAAAGCGAGAUGACUUUUGUAAGCAGAACAUGCAAGCGUCAUCAGAUCGUUGCAUGGCAUUACUUCAGGAUAUUUUUGGUCCUCUAGAAGAAGAGGUGAAGCAAGGGGCAUUUUCUAAACCGGGAGGUUAUCGUCUCUUUAUUCAGAAGAAACAGGAGCUGAAGAAUAAGUACUACCAGGUCCCCAGGAAGGGGAUACAGGCAGAGGACAUGCUGAAGAAGUACUUGGAAUCCAAGGAAGACGUGGCUGAUGCGCUUCUCCGGACUGAUCAGUCACUCUCAGAAAAGGAAAAGGAGAUUGAAGUGGAACGUAUAAAGGCUGAAUCUGCAGAAGCUGCAACGAAAAUGUUGGAGGAAAUCCAAAAGAAGAAUCAGCAGAUGAUGGAACAGAAAGAAAAGAGUUAUCAGGAACACGUGAAACAAUUGACUGAGAAGAUGGAGAGAGAUAGGGCCCAGCUGCUGGCAGAGCAGGAGAGGACUCUUGCUCUUAAACUUCAGGAACAGGAACGACUUCUCAAGGAAGGAUUCCAGAACGAGAGCAGGAAACUUCAGCAGGAGAUGCAGGCUAUCCGAAUGAGAAACAGAGCACCAGCUGGAGUAUGUAACAUACUCUAAAAAUCCGAGGAAUGUAAUUUCCUAACCGUCUCUCCUCCACUAGCAAUAAGUUGAAUGAGCAGCUUUAGAACGACAAACAAUUGCCAAAAACUAAACUUGAAAUCAUGAUGCUUCCAUUUUUGUUGAGCUAUAAAAUUUGCAAAGAUGAAAUAAAGGAUGAAGAUACU